AUGAAGGAAAAUUCUCACUUCCGAGGUUUAAUGUUAAAGAAAGAUAAUAAAGCAGUCCCAGAAAGAUCAGCUGAGCAUGUACCUCCCCUUACGAGCGAUGCAAAAGAAAAAGAGAGUGAACAGGUUCUAAAAGAACCACAACUUUCUACUCUUAACCCCUCUCAAAUAUUUUCUGUAGAUGGUGCAGAAGCCGAGUCUUUACUAGCAACUACUCCUACUAUUGCAGUUGGGAAAAAAUAUGGAAAAAAAUAA